AUACAUACAUAUGUAUGCAUAGAAUUACCCACUCUAGAAUUUAAAUUUUUCGAUAAGUGAAAUAAGCAAACUAAACGGAUUACAGACAAAUUACUGAAAAUUUCAUUUAAUAUCUACUCGCAUAAAAAAUAUGUAUAUGUUUCGCCUUUUUUGAGAUUUUAUGCGUUUACAUACUCAUAAAUAAAACUGAGUACACGAAUUCAUUCAACAGGUAUCAACAGUAUGUUUAGACGCUUUACAUUAUCUCUUUUUUUUUUUACUACUUCACGGUUUGCAGAUGAACAAUUCUCUCCGAACAGCUUGUAAAGAUAAUGCAUAAAUUAAAUGAAUGAGAGUGGGACAUUUCAAUUGCAAAUUUUAUUCAAUUUAAUUGUUAGCUUGUUUACAUUUAAUAACAACGGUAGCAUUGUAUCUAAUAUUCAAAGAAUUCGAAAGAGCUCUUUCAUAUCAAUGACACCGCAGUAGUGACACCAUCAGUUUCUGUUUAGUAUUCGUAUACUACAAAAGUUUAUAAAGUAAAAAUCGAACAAUGCCGCGCGCAUUCAAUCAUAAAUUAUUCCUCUACUGUUGUAAUCUCAUAUUCUUGUUCUGUGGAGUGAUCCUUAUCGUUUUUGGUUUCUUCCUUUUCAACGAUUCAAAGCGUAUUCUUCUAUCGCGUCUUCUGGUGACAACAAGCGAGAAACUGAACAGCUUACCACAACCUCUGUUCUAUUAUAUUUCCAUAGGCGUUCCUGCAGCGGGAUGUAUAGCAGUCCUCGUCUCCAUGGUUGGAUUUUGGGCGUCCAGCCUGCACACCUAUUGCUGCCUUAGUUUGUAUUUUUUAUCAGUGGUCGUUUUACUCCUAGCUCAGUUAUUAGUCUGUCUAGCGAUUACAUUGUGGCCACAUUGUUUGGGCAUCAGUUUGGAUGAAUCGAAAAUGGUUAAAGUUCUACAGGGAAAUUAUGGUAUGCCUGGAAAAGAGCAAUUCACUAAUGCCAUUGAUUUGGUCCAGACUCAUUUCGGUUGCUGUGGCAUAAAUAACGAUAUUAACUAUGACACAUCCCUAUGGAAGCUACAGAGUUACGGUCAGCGAGAGUGGGUGGUACCUCUUACGUGUUGUAUUUUACAAAAUGUCGAUGAUAAGUUGUCUUAUUUGGAUCCGAAGCCAGAGAACAUAACUCAGUGUCAAAUGUUGCAGAAAAUGGACUAUGUAAAAAAUCGGCACAAAAUGCCUUGUCUCAAAUACAUAGAGAAUUGGUAUAAUGAACAGUAUGCAUUGUUCUUACAAUUUAGUUUUAUCAUUGCUAUUGUGGAGUUUUGCAUAUUACUCUCGGUAAUUGUAAAUUGUACAAAAAUAGCAAAGAAAAGUUGUCAAAAGUAAAAGAUACACAUGUAAAUAAAAAUCAAACACUAUUUGAGAAUGUUUACGAACAGGAUUUAGAAUCAAAAGCUGUAAAUACAGCCAUCGGACUAAACAAGAAUUGCAGCUUGCCAAAUUUAUUUAACGAAUUGUAUAUAAAACCUCGUAGCCUUGCAUAAACUUCGCCAUACUACCAAUGAUAAUAAUACGAAUCCUGACAGCAUUCAAUAAGAAGUAACUGCUAUUUUAAUUGUAUCAGCUAUAACUUUGAAAAGGUAUUGUUCGAGAAAUUAAGUUUUUAUAUUUUAUUAAUUAUACUUGCAUAUAUAUAUAUAUCUAUUAUACUACUCAUCUUACUAGAGUUUCAGGUGUGCUAAGCAUUUUUUAAAUAAAACCAUACAAAUUUGUACUCUUACUUAAGAGGAAUAAA